AUGAUUCCAUGCACUUGCAAUCCACCCGGCCCAGAUAACUCUCAUGCACACACCUGUUUUCAUUUUCAUACCAAAACCGUGACGGCCUUGAUUGAAGAUAAGGCUUCUGUUGAUGAUACUGCCGAGUCUAGGGAGAAAGACAUUAGAGGAAGAAUCAAAGGGGAGAUGGGAUCGUUUCCUCAUCAGAAACCAGCAACUGAUGUUAACACGGUGAAUGUGACUGGUGGUGCUUAUGUGAUGAAUCCCUGCAAUGUGCAAAUUGCAAUGCAGCCUUCGUCUUGGAGUCGAAGACAAAUCAGGAGAAGCUGCCGUGCUGAAUGUGCAAGGAUUGAAUGA